AUGUACUUUAACGUAUGUAAAGUUACAUCCUUGCUUGUCUUGAUAAUUUGUUGCGUGUUCAAAGUUGCACAAUGCGAAAACAUCGACCUUGAUGAACGUAAGAUGACUUCAGACGCUCAAAUUCAUGAAAAUGACGACUUAUUCUCAGUGAAACGAUCAUUUAACGAAGCCAACAUGGUAAGAUUUCGAAGGGCAGCAAACUCCAAAACUAGAGAAAGAUGUGAGAUGGCCUCUCAAUGCACAGGCAACGAAACAUUGUUCGAAACAACCAGCACGUACUACAAUUGUCAUUGUGAUAACGCGUGCUACGAAACUUUUCAAGAUUGUUGUCCUGAUUUUGUUAAAACUUGUGGCGAACAGAGAAAGGCGACCGGAAAAAACACUAAGUCGUUAUGGAAAUGCGUAGAACUCGACAGAUCGAAUUUAGGACGCGGCGGUUGCUUUCUGAGGGGACCGGUAGGGAUUUGGAUGAUUACAAACUGUUCUAGUAGGUGGCCUUUUGAUGAAACUCGAGCAAAAUGUGAAAAUGCUUCAGAAAAAUUCUCCUAUCCCGUGGAAGAUUUUUUACCAGUUGUUAGUAAACAUGGAUUCACAUAUAGGAAUAAGUUUUGUGGUGUAUGUAAUGGGGAACAGACCUAUAAAACCUGGGAUGUUGUCAUAAGAGGGUUUAUAACACCUCCAGAGCGGUACAAUAUAGAUGAGAGAAUACGUUUCGCGUUGGCAAACCAAGGGUAUAUACAGAAUAUAGUACCUGGGGUGGAAUUGGCGCGUCGUUAUUGCGCUGGGGCAAAGUACACAGACAGUUGUUCCAAUACGACACACCCGGAUUAUACGAAGUGUAAAGGAGGUCCGGUUGAAACGGUGGGGAGUCCAUUUCGGGGAUAUUUUAAGAAUGACGCUUGUGCCUUUUGCAAUGGCGACAAUAGACUUGUAAAGGAUGAGGAAAGGUCAUUUCGGGUAUGUGGUGCUCCUGGGCUUUCCCAAGGCUUAUCGAUUGUUUUCAACAGGGAUAGUAGAACUAAAAGUGAAUCAACUGUCACUCGAGUCGUGGAAAAAUAUUGCCCCCAGGGGCUAGUUUAUGAUGACAACUUAGAAUACUGCCGUGAGGGACUGGUGACGAAUACGAAUGAUACUUUAUCGGAUGUAUUUUUGAUUGCUCUGUGGUUUGAACAAGGCGCUAUUAAAUUUCCGACCCUGCUACCGUUCAACCCCUUCGUGUUUCGAAGAGGUUUGGGACCUAUACCUAAUAUUAAGAAUAUUACUGGACAUUUGAAGUCAGCGUUGCUCAAGAAAUUUGCUUUGAAAUCACGCCAGGUCGCAGAGCUUAAAUUCCAUCGACAGAACUUUGCGAGUACGUUUUUGGUGGCAACAUUUCGCCUUACGCUAACGCCAUAUCAAGAAUUUAUACUGGCCAAUGAAAACAAUACCUCGAAUUUAAAUAUCUCAACUAAAUCUCAAAGGUUUCUCGGACUUUUGAAAUUUACAACAAAUUUUACAAUGACUUCGGGAAAAUAUCGUUUCCCUGUUGUGAAAUUAGUUUCUAGACAACUGGCUUGCUACGAAGGGAAAAUGCUACAAUCACACGAAUAUGAAAUCGAAAAAAUUUCUGGAAAUGUGUUUCAGAAUACAACCGGAAAAACAUUUUCCCGAAACGAGUAUGCAAUUCUAGGAAAGAUUGGCGGGAACAUCACACUUUGUCGAAAAUUGCUGCUUUCUGGAUGUCACAAUGGCGCUUUUGUAACGCUCAAUGAAUCUGAGUUUUUCAUCUAUCAAAAUUUAUCGAUUUUUCACUACGCGACGAACGGGACGUUUAAUUUCGGGGACUACCAAAUUAGCGAAGGUGGCACUUCUAAUCGUACUGGUUUGGAAUCAUUCCAAAAUGCAUCUUUCCCAAAAAAUUCAACAAUCGCCGUUUGCUUACCAUUUCGCGGGACUUUUAACACAACCGAAAAAAUUGCUACGAAAUCGGACGCAAAUUAUCCAUUGAGAAUUUUAACGGUUAUUGGGUUUAGUGUUUCAGUAGUGUUUUUGAUACUUUUAUUGGUGACAUAUGGGAUUUUUAAGGAAUUGCGGACUCUGCCUGGGUUAAAUUUAAUGAGUCUGGGUAUUUCUAUGUUGCUAUCGCAUCUGAUAUGGUUAAUUGGAACGGCAAAGUUUCAGGAUACAAAAACUUGUGAAGUUUUAGGAAUAAUUGAACAUUAUUUGUUUUUGGUAACAUUUAUGGCUAUGAGUGUAAUAUCAUAUCAUUCUUGCGUUGUAUUCUCGCAACCAUUUAAUGGAAACUCCAAUAAAUCUCUGGCAAGAUUUGGCAAAUAUUCAACAAUAUCUUGGCUAAUUCCUGGAAUAUUUAUCGCCGUGUGCAUCGCUUUGGAUCAAUCCGAAACAACCUUUGAUAUUUAUGAUACUACAUGUUGGUUAUCAACCGAUGAGGCGGUGUUGUAUCUUUUCUUAUUACCCGCUGCGGUGCUGUUAUUGUGUAAUAUCUACACCUUCAUCAAAACUGCUGUGGCCUUAUCUCGCUACAACACGGAUAUGCAAAUUUUACAAAGAGAUCGCAAGCAGAAUGUUAUUGUUUGUAUAAAACUUGCUACCUUGGUAGGAUUCCCAUGGCUGUUUGCGUUUUUUGGUGUGGUUUUCCCCGAUAUCGAGGUUUUUGAAUAUCUGUUUGUGGUUUUCGCGUGUUUACAAGGAUUUUGUAUCGGCGUGGCGUUCGUGUGCAAUAAGAAGACACUUCAGCUUUAUAAGAAAUGGUGGAAAAGCGGCAAUAAAGUCAGCGCUGAAUCAGACCCCAGAAAUCAAACAUUUCAAAUGUCGUAG